CAUUAUGGUUCGUCUUCGUCUUUUCGUGGUAGCGGUUUUUUGCUUCAUCUACAUUUUCAAAGAAGCACCCAUAGCAAUAAACCUCUGGUAAAUAAAAUUAGCCACGAAGAGGUGGGCGAUCUACGGCCGCAUGUAGAAGUUUGUGAAACUGAAUGAAAUACUGCGAAAGCACUGAUGAAAGAAUUUAAAUUUCCAAGAAGAAAUCUAGGACCUUGUUUGCGGCCUUAGUCGUGUACUUCUACGUGUACCUGAUUUUUGUUUUUCAGUUUGUGAAAUAAAAAUAAUGAUAAGUGGCAUUCCUCCAUUACCGGCGAUUUUUGCGCAAGAAUUGCUCCUGAAUCGAGGUUCCGACGCAAAAGGUGACCAUCAUGGGAGCGAUGUGGUCGCGGAAUCCGCGGCUGGACCACCACGCAGCAGUGAUUCAUCGGGUCAACAAGAGCAGCGACAGCAGGCUAUUAACGCGGAAUGCAAUCUGUUCGUCGUUGGUAGUGCACGGAAAGCGUUUUUUCGCAGCUUUGUCGAUAGCUGUGCCACAUCUUCACCGGGGACACAAGGACAAGAAGCACCUGCUUCUCCACUUUCGCCAAAUGUUAAUAAACCAGGAGGCGCCGCUGCGGCGCUUCAACUUCUGACAGGAGCAGCGUCCGGUGCGAGGAACAAGUCGAAAAUCCUGAACCUUGUUGAAAGAGCUUCUUCGUCGACGGCGCCUAGAAAGGACUACUACGCGAUUGAAGGCACGACCAUAGUGGGGGCAGGAACCGCAGCGAAAGUGGCAGGAAAAUCAGGGAGAGACAAAGAACAAGACGUCGUCCGAGCUGUGACACCAGCAAAUGGCUCGUCCCGCUUGGUGGACUUCACCUACAUAGAUCUUCUUCUGCCACCUGCAGAUGAUGUAGUUGUUGACACUUCUGUCGGAGGUGUCGUACUAGGCCCUCCAGGACGACCCUCUUCUUCUUUCCCACCACCGCCCCCUAGAGGUGCCAGUGGGACUACACACCAAGCGACUGCGACGUCUUCUGAUAGUACAACCAGACUUCUCCGUGUGAACGUGUGGGCCGUUCCGGAUUUCAAAACUGCUGCCCCAAACUUUCUCCCCAAAGAGGCUCGAAAAAACGCUCUGCUGCAGAACUCGCUCCUCUGUAUCGCGUGUAUCCACGAUACCUUCGGCCGCCGCGACCGCUUUUCGGGGCUGCGGGACGAGGUCGCCGCGUACGUGGACGAAGCGAAAGAGUUGGCGCUCCCACUCAUCGAAAACUGCUCGCAAGAGGAACUGGCGAGGGUGAGAAUGAAUUCAAGCAGCUUCGGUUUGCCGAUUUUCGUGUUUGUCGAUUUUCACAAGAGAAGUGAGGAUGCCGCCGUACAAGACGGAAGUAGAACAGCAAGUGCUGGUGCGUCAGAAAAAGCGGCCUCUUCAUCUACGUCAGCAACUUUUCUUGCCGCAUCGCUGCGAAGCCAACUGUUGCCGUACCGGGCGGGGCUCUUCUUUCCCUUGAAGCAGGAACCGAGGGCGGAAACCCGAUCUGGAACUCGAGGAACUGCGUUGGAGACAACUCUAAUGCGGUACAUCAGCGCGUUCCUGUCGGCCCAGCAUGACAUACAUUCGCAGUUGCACCGGAACCUCCAGCCCAGGCACAAGAUACAAGAUCGGUUGGCGAAUGUGAUUGCCGAAUUGCGCAAUAAACUACACGGCGCAACAAAUUUUUUCGCAACACCAGAUGAUGAAACCGGUGCUGAAAAAAAGCAGUCAUCACAAGAGCUCCUCUUCGUCCCCAUCGCGGUUGACACAGACGCGGACCUGAAAAAUUUCCUCAACAUGGAACGCAUCGACCUCGAUAACCCCGGGUCGUCCCUACUGGACGUGAAGUCUAGGAUCAGCGUCGAUUUCUCAUCAUCAUCUUCCCAUGCUGGUCGUGCGUCAGCGUUGUCGACGGGAGGUUCUGCUUCCUUCAAGCGGCGGAAGGGAGAGGGAGAACAACAACAAGUGAGACAAGGUCAAGGUACGGACCUGAAGAUUGUGGGGUCCGCUCCAGAAAUUGAAUCCGGUGAACAUCAAGCGUUCUUGUCUGACAGUGAAGACCUGAGUUCUUCCUCGUCCGAGGAGGAGCAAGACUCGAUCGACAUGGGCGGCAUGAUGUUGUUGAAUUACGGCAGUAGUUCAUCAACCUCAAAUCUAGCUCCGAGAAGAUUCUUGCGCUCCGCGUCGAAGUCUGGCGGCAGCAAGAGCAAACUCCCAGAUCCAGAUCUCCUUCUCGGUGAGUGGGUCGCGGAAGACAGUAAAUCUGGAGGGGCUGGUCGUUUGCAACAAGGUUCAUCCUCUCAACAUCAACAUCAGCGUAGCACUAAAAGAAGAACGAAGCCCCAGUUCACCGCACCAGCCAACGCCUUUCUGGAGAACCUUCUGCAGCACACGCAAACGUCGCCCUUUUUCCAGGAUUUGUUGCACGCGAAAACUUCCACUACAAGCAGUGGGGCAGGAGUUUCGCCGCGUAGUACUACGUUGGGGGCACGAGGAGAACCGGGUGCGCAGGCUGGUGGACAAGCGAAACAAGAUGAAGCAGAAGAUGUCGCUCCUGCGCGGGAGGAUCAUGCUCCUGCGGUUCCCGGGAGCCCCGCAGCAAGCUCCGCCGGGCGACGACGAAAAUCCAAACUGGACGACGGCGCUGCAGCUACCGGGGCCGGAGCGGGUGAUGAUCAUGACAAUGCGUUUGACAGUCCACGGGAACAAGAUGAAAACAUCAUCAAUCCAAACGCGACGGCAAUUACUGGUGCUGGUCCUCCUGCUACUACGACCGUCGUUGCUCCUCCUGCGGCAAAUAAAUCCUCAUCCGGAGAAAACAACUUGGUAGAAAUAGUUGCAAAUGGAACUACAAGAACUCUGGUGCCGCUCGCCGGAGCUUCUGCACGACAGGACCUCCAAGUGGACGCCAGCAGGAGCGUUUCCAAAAGCAGUAGUGCAUCCGGCCGGGGCGGCGCUUUGUUUAGCAAGUUCGCGAAUAUGUUCCAAAUGAAAUUAGACACAACGACGAGUAAAAGUCCCUCAGAUGUUGGCGCUGGGCCCUCAUCCGCCGCCGGAGUUGUUGGAAAAAUCGAUUUGCAAAAUAAAAGUGGCGAUGCGUCUUCACGAGAUGUUGGCGAUUCCUUGUUGCAGCCAUUGUCGACAGCGGCUGUUGUUCCUCCUGCAUCUUCUUCUUCAGGGCCACCCAGUUCAUCAAGAGAAGAACCUGAGCGCGUGAAAAUCCUAGGUGGGCUUCUUGGGCCUGCUCCCGGUGCAUCGAUAAACACUUCGUCAACAUCUGCCACCGCGGCUCCAACGGGACCGCAAACCAGCUCCGCGUUAGAACGGCUACGUGCCAUGACCGCGCGGCGUUCCCGAGACAGUAACCGCACAACUCCAGCAGGAGCGGGUGGAGUCCGGACCGGGCGCAGCGGUUCUGGUGGACGCACCGCCGCUGGUGCUGACGGCGGCCCGCGCGGCCUGUCUUCGCACACCCAGCAGUUGCAGAACCUCCGAGCGCAGACCGCCAUACCUACGGACGGCACGAAGGCGCGGCGGCAGUCUCCAGCUGCGUCCGGCUCUUCACGCUUUGUGCCGGCCAGUCGGCGUGGGGAAUCUCCCGGAUCAGGCGGGGGGCGGGCGGGGGUGGGGCUUCGAGGGG